UUCUAUUUCCAAACUGGUAACACCGGUAAACUCAGAAUCAAGAAAAGAAAACACAACACCCACUGAAGAAAUGCAUCCAGGGUAAUCGAAUCCAAUCUCUCUGCUUACUUUUUUUUCAACCACUCAGACUCUGAUGUACAACCGAUAGGGAAUGAAGGUGGCUGGCUUUCUGUAUUAAAUGUUGAACAUGGUAAAAACUGUACUUUUGCUUUUAAUAGCCUGGGGAAAUGAAAUGUAUGUUAACAGUGAGAGUGUGGGGGCUCCAGUGUUUAUGUCAGUAGAACAGACAAACACCACAAGUCUUACAGUCAACUGGAGUACAGCUAGCAAUUCUGUAACAGAAUGUGCUCUCUUUGUGUUUGCAAAGGGUGAACAACAAGGUGAAAUCCUUUUAUUACCCAGUACUGGGUCCAUACCGAUGAGAAAUCUGAUAGAAGACACUGUGUACAUGUUGAGCUGUACAUGCUUUGAUCAGAAUGUAAUCCUCAAGUCUGCAGCUAUCAGCGUUGAUACAGGAUUAUCACUGUCUGCAAGUUCUACAACUGCAACCUAUACUCAGAGCAUCAACACUGCAGAUGAUAGCCUUCCAGCAGGCAACAUAAGCUCGGAUGUGCUUACUGGAGCUGUGUUUGGCUGUCUUGGGGUUUUGGUCCUCAUCUUUCUCUGCUAUAUAUUCUAUAACAAAUGGAGGAGGGAUGAACGACUCAGGGCAUUCCUAAGGCUCCCUCGUAAUAAUGGAGUGGCCCCCUACAUGAUCUUUGGUAAUAAUGGCGCUGACCCUUCCUAAGCAGCAAUUUCUCCUAGUACAGCAGAAAAGAAUGACAGCUGUCAGGACUCAUUGAUCUUGGAUUCAUUUCAAACCCCAGUCUCCAGGAGGUUAAAGCAGCUAUUUCCACCAUCUGGACCACCCCGCUGAAUUAAAUGCAGUCCUUGUAAAUACUGAUUUCUACGUGUUUAUGGUUAACAUGCCUUGUGUUCAGCAUUUAGACCAACAAAAUAAUGUUUGUAGUUAUAUUUUUCUAUUUUUAUGUAUUGUUAUUUACAGCUGCACUCCCUACUGGGGUAAAGUUUUGGAAAGGAAAAUACUGUAUACUGUACAUUUAAUUUAGGGGAUUGCAAGUACAUGUUUUGCUUAUAUUGUUUAAAACUGUAAGUAGUGUUUUUUUUUUUUUUUUUUUUCAGAAGUAUAAUGUGCAGAUAACAAUUUGGAAUAAAAAUAUAUUUUUUGUAAAUCCUGAACUAUAGUUACCGACAAUAAAAAUAAAAAGUGAAAAUGAGAGUUCUUGGACAUACUGUACAGGACAUAUUAGAAUAUAUAUUCUGAAUAUCAUACUAUCUUAAUAGUGAGGUACAUGACAGAGGCAAAAUAACAGUAUACCUGCUAUCUGCUAUUUGUCUGCCUGCUUUCAAGGUCAUGUUUCUGUAUUUAAAGAAAAAAACUUUGGCAGCAAAGUAAAACCCUUCUGAAAUAAAUUGUAUUUAAGAAAGCAGCCACUUGAUCUGUGAAUGCAUGCUAAUUAUAUUACGCUGUUAGUGCAGUUACCAAUCCCUUUGCUUUAAUUGUUGUGUAUGUCUGUGUGAGCUGUAUGACAUUUGCAAGGACGUUGCAAGAAAUAAUCACUAGUCUCUUUCUGAGUUGCCUUCAGAGUCCAAGAAUGCUUUGUAGAGAUAUACUUCUGUAGGAAGAGAGCUUUACCAUCUGGUAAGACCCAUCUCAUGAAAUUAACUGUCAUGAGCCUAUUAAUCCAGAUACAACUCCCAUUUAUUAUUUCCAUACCUUUAAUACAGUGAGACAGCAUGUUUUUAUAGUACUGUACCAGACACUAUGGCUGAAUGUCAUAGGAUUGACAGUAUUAUAGUGAUGAUCUUUUGUUAGCAGUAACCUUUUUCUUUAUAACUCUUGCAAAACUGAA